AUGUCAAAUACACAACCAAUAAAUCCGGAAUUAUUUUCUGCACCAAAAAGUAUAAAAAAAUAAAUAAUUGAUCCUAUUCUUAAAAUAGAAAGAGAUUUAAAAGACAACAAAUAAUUAAUCAAUGAAGCUACAUUCAAAGGAAAUGAUAUUAUUUAACUUUAAUCCUAAUAGCAAGAAAUGAUAAUUAGUUUAGAAGAAAAAUAUCAAAGACUUAUUGAUUGUAUGAAAGAAGUAUUGCAAAAAUUUCUAUCAUAUGAAAAUAAGAAUUUUAUAAGACUAAAUGAAAAUUAUUAUGGUAGGAAUGAAAGAAUUAAAUAAAUCAUGAAAGACUUAGCAAAUUUGUUUGAUGUAAAUAUUAUAGAGAUAGAUGAUUUUAAAAGAGACUUAGUAAUUUAUAAAAAGUAAGAUCCUGAAUUGUUUCCUUUAAAAAUUCGAUAAACAAGAAACUAAAGAGAGGUAAAUUAAGAUGGAUAUAUCGAAGAUUUAUUUACUUAAAUAAAAGUGUCAGAUGAAAAAGAAUAAUUCAUCAUAAAUAAUUAAUCUCUACCACCUGAUAUAAUUAGAGAGAUAAUUGUAUAAAAUGAUACCUCAGAAUAACAUACAAUUUAAAUUUCUUUUAAUUAACCUAAUGAUUUUGGAUAAGAAAUAACACUUUACAGGAUUUAUUAAUUAGAUAUAUAUGAUUAAUCAUUAUCUUUACAACCAGCUAAAAGAACAGUAAUGGAAUUUAAGAAUAACAAAGACUUUGUGUAAAUCUAAAAAUUAAGUUUUACAUUAAAUAAUCCAUUAAAUGUAGGUUAACUUCCUUUUAAUGAAAUGAUCUAUUUAUCUGUAGAAGCUUAAAAUAGUAAUGGAUGGUCUUCAGAAUAUGAAUUAUGCCCAAUAAAAUUAUAUGUUAAAUAUUAAGAGCCCUUUUCUAUCUAUUUAUAAGGGAUAAUUAACUCUACUUUAAUAGAUGAUUAAAUUUAAUUUUUAGAGAUUUUUGAAAUUCCAUAGAUAAUAAAUGAGGAAGAUAAAUAAUUUCUGUUAAUUGAAGAUUAUAGUCUAGUUUAAUUAGAAAAAGAAUAGAUAAGAAAUGUAUCUAUUAAAAAAGAGUAAAUUUUUAUAUAAAUGAUAGCACAGUAGGAUUUGUGAAUACUUAAUUUUAAGCUUGUUAAUGGGGUAGCAUUUUAAAUUUCUAUGAUUAAAAUAUUACUUAACAUUUUGAUGUAGAUCCAAAGAGAGAUUUUGACAUAAGUCCUCCUUAUCAUAUCAAUACGGAUAGAGCUAUAAGUAAAAUAGCUUGUGGAUUAUAUCAUUCAUUGGCACUUACUGUUGAUGGCAAUAUUAUUUCAUGGGGAUAUAAUAAACAUGGCUAAUUAGGAAAUGGUAUUUUAGAUGAUUGAUAUAAUUAGGAAUGACUAUAAGUUCAAUUUUACCAUAGCAAUUAUCUUAUUUUAAAAAUAAUUAGAUAUUUGUAGUUGAUAUUUCUGCUGGGGAUGAAAUUUCUAUAUGUCGAACUGAUUAAGGUGAUGUGUAUACUUGGGGAAAGAUGUAAAAUACCUUUGGAGAUAAUAUUAUAAAAGUUUUAAAUGCUUAGAAUGAAGCUAUUAAUUUAUAAUGUGUUGAAGAAUCUAAUAGUUAGUUAGUCCCAAGAAAAAUAAAUCUAAAGGCUAAGUAAAUUUAGGCUGGUUAUUCUUGUUUUGCAGCACUCUCUAUAGAAAACAAUUUAUAUAUGUGGGGAUGUAAUGAAUAUGAAAUAUUUGGAUUUCUUUAAUGUCCAGAGUUAGAUGAUUAAACUAUCUUACAUUUAUUAGAUCCUAUUAGAAUCAAUAUACAUAAUGAUUAUGAAAUUCAGUAUCAAUUAUUCUUAAUUAAAAAUUAAGGGAUUUUUAACUUGGUGCUUAUCAUUGUGUGACUAGAGUUAUCAAUAAAAAUAAUGGAUGUGAAAAAUAUCUCUCAUGGGGUUACAAUAAAUAUAAUUAAUGUGGACAAUCUACAAGUAAUAAACAGGGAGCUAUAUCUUGUAAAAAAGAUUUUAUUGAGUAUUUCAAAUAAUCAUAUACAGUGUAUUACCUUAAAAGAAGUUUAAAUCAUAUAGCUGUGGCUUUGAUAGAACAAUUUUUGCAUCAUAUGAAAAUCAUGUCUAUACAUUAUCAAAAAAUGAUACAAUUAAAAAUAAUUGUUCUGUUUUUGUUGAAGUAAUUUAUUAAUUAGUAUUUUUUCAGUAAGUCAUGGCUGGUGAUCUAAUUAACUUAAUAUUGGGAAAGGAAUGA